CAUGAGACAUGAAGCCCAUAAAGCAUAAUCAAUCUCAGACGUGUGUACUGCUGCAGCGGUUGUGUGCGCGAUGUCAAACGGGGACAGGGUGGUUUUAGCGCUCGGUGGAGCUGGAACUGUCGGCUCCGGGAUAGUGAAAGCUCUCCUGGACAGAGGUUUCAAGGUUGCAGUGAUCUCCAGAGACAGCAGCAAGUUGGAAAAACUCAAGGACUUUGUUUCACCUAGCACAAAAAGUAACCUGACCACUUUAGUGGGGAACGUUGGCUCAGAAGAAGGAGUAGAGGAGGUGAAACAGGCCUUGCUCAAGUCUGUGGGUAAGAUCACAGAUGUGGUGUCCUCUCUGGGCUUCAGCUGGUGGCAGGGAGGUCCACCUCACACCCAACCCCUCAAAGAACUGCACUGGGUUAUUGAGACUCUGCUUUUCAGCACCUUUGUGUCUUGGAAAGCGUUCUUUCCCCUGGUGAGAGAUGAUCCUAACUGCACCUACACGUUCAUCACAGGAGGUGCUGGAGAGAAGUUGCUCAUGCCGGGCACAGGGUUCCUGACCGUGGGGGCAGCCAGCGCUCUGGCGUUCUGUCAGGUUCUGCGUGAGGAGUAUCCAGACGUGCCAUGCAAACUCAACCAGGUGAAAAUCAAUACGGGUGUGGCGGCCCCAGACCGAAUGGCCCCUGGAUACCUGAACCACUUGGAUUUAGGGGAAGCCAUGGCUACGCUGAUAGAGCGCCGCAAAACGUCCCACACUGUCUUCCCGUUAGCUGUCCCGCCGAUCUAAAAACUGUUAUCUUGGAGGGCAGUCUGUAAGCAAGGCCCAUCAGAUUUUCCUCUGUAUUAACUUCAUCCUGUUAGUAUGCGUGUAUUGUUUAAUUGCAUGUCAACAAAACAUUUCUGUAUUGCAAAUCCCCAGCUUUGUCAUAGUACAGUCAUAGCCUUGAAAUACUCAUUGUGCUCAGAACGAAUCAAUAUAACAAGCAGUGGAAUGGCACAGAUGCUUUGGAGUGCGGCGGAGCGUAAACGCAGCCCCAGAUAUGUAAGCUUGACAUGGAAGAAGAGAGACACGUGUGAGAACGGAUGUAAAAACAAACUUGGUCUUUUCCACGGUUAGAGAAAGUAAAAAAACAUGGCAGGUUGUUGGCACACUUGCAUCCCCGUAGCGUGACUCCCUGCCCUUGUUCACUCAAAACUUAUCUGGCUGUUGCUUCCAUGGCUCCAAUUAUUCCCAGCCGUGUGGUCCAUAAUAAGUGUGUGAAGGGGGCAAGGGCUUUAGAAAUGGCUGGCCUUAAAACUGGAUGACUUUGUUUGUUGUUAUCAUGAUAUUUGCAUAAACGCUUUAGUGAUAUGAAUGUAAAUUUGCUAUUAAAAGAAUCAGUGAAGAAAGGAA